CCGGCCGAAGAUGGCGUCGGUUCGCUGUAGGCGAGAUCCGUGCGGUGUAAUCUGCCUGAUUUUAACUUAUUUCAGCGUGUUUUACGCGGACUAUGUGGUCAUACAGUAUGUUCUCAUCCCCGCCUACCGAGACAGCGUGUGGUGUGUGUUGCACGGUUCGUUGUUCAACCUGGUCCUGCUGCUGCUGCUGGCCUGCCACUCCAAGGCUGUCUUCUCAGACCCUGGUAUGGUGCCUCUGCCGGAAACGGCUAUAGAUUUCUCAGAUCUGCGCUCGCAGUCGUCUCGGAUGAACGAGCGGGGCUGUGAGGGCUGGACGGUGUGCAGCCGCUGUGAGACCUACAGACCUCCCAGAGCGCACCACUGCAGGGUCUGUCAGAGGUGCAUACGCCGCAUGGACCACCACUGUCCUUGGAUCAAUAAUUGUGUCGGGGAGCUAAAUCAGAAAUAUUUUAUCCAGUUUCUCUUCUACACCGGCGUGGCCAGCCUCUACUCCCUGGUGCUGGUGGUGUGGGCGUGGGCGUGGAGGAUACGAAACGAGAGAGGAGGAGAAGCAGAGAAAGAAGGAGAGGAGACGCCCAGCAAACAUCUGAUUGUGGCUCAUUACAUCAUCCUGCUGGUGGAGUCGGUGCUGUUUGGAGUGUUUGUCAUGGUCAUCUUCUACGAUCAGCUGGUCUCCAUCAUCACAGAUGAGACUCCGAUCAAGCAGAUGAAGAACAGGCUGAUGAUCAAGGAGAGAAACUCCUCCUCCUCCUCUUCAUCGUCCUCGUUGCAGCAGCCUCAACACCUCUCACACACCAGAAAGCCCAAGCUGGCUCUGCUGCGGGAGGUUUUUGGAAGAGGUUCGAUAUUCUGCUGGCUCCUCCCCCUCCACUCCAGCCCCCCGUCGAUCGGAGGCAUCACCUACACUGCUCUGCCCGACUAUGACGUCUGAUCUCCCACCUGUGAGCUUUAGAGAGAUUGUGUGUGUUUGUGAGAACGACUUUUCUGCCUAAAGCGGUGUGUGACCGCUGAAACGAGAGGCUCCUUCGUUUGAUGAAUGAGUGAACGAGUGAUGCACUGAUUCUACUCUCCAGGGCUUAGAAACGGACUUUCCUGUGAGGAGGGAAAACCACUGGCCUGUUGUGUUUCGUUACCAGCAACCCUCGGUUAUUUUACUGUUGAUGUCAAAAUGUGUCUUUUUUCGGCUUUUCAAAGGAUAUUUUCCAUUAAUGCAGUUAAAAAAUAAUACAAAGUCUUCUAGAUCUAAGAUCCUGCUAACCAAAACAGACCUUUUUGAAGUGAAAGAGUUAAUCUUGCAGCUAUUCAUUUUAUUUUUGUAGAUUAAGUUCAUAAUCUCACCUCAGUAAACCAUAAUCUAGCUCUAGUUUUUUAUCACUGGUUCAUUUUUUGCUAAAUUUGUUCUAAAACACUAAAACUGUCAUCAUUCUAUGCAAAAAUGUGAUUCUACUUCCAGCUACAACACCAUAGCGCCCUCUGCUGUUGUGUUUUAGUUCUUUGUCCUUUUUCAGGCUCAGUUAGUGGCUUUUUUUCUCUAAACAGGAUCUAAACCAGCACACAUUAAACCUGUGAUCACAUAAAAAUGACAGUAGUGACAUCACACAUUGUUUUAACUUUUUCUAUGGCACCCCCUGCUGUCUGUCCUGUUUAUAAUGGACAAUAGUUUAAAUAAAAAACCUCCAUAUUUCAUGAAUUCAAUGUAAAACAAAUAGCUCAAUAACCAAAAAUAAAUGCUUAUGAACCAAGAUCUCAAAUUGAUCAUAAUCUACAAACUCUAAAUAGAUAACGUUAAUGCUUAAAGGUUUGUUCUGCAACAGUUUAACAAAACAACCACGUUUUUUCAAAAUAAGAGUCCUGUGUUUGUGGUGAAGGGUCAGUUAAGUGGAUUUUUUUAAUAACUUAAAUAAAUCUAUUGUCCAUGACAGCAGUUUACAAAAUCUGAGGGAUAAAGUCAACAAACAAUGACUAAAGGGAGAAAUAACCGAGUGAAAAAAUGUUCUAUUAAAGAGCAAGUCACCCCCAAAUAAACAUUUUUUUGCCGAUAAACUAAAUAAAUGAGUGUCUAAUCGUGCUGCAGACAAGUGUAGUCAAUAAGUUGGCACUUCAGUGCAACUUAGUUAAAAUUUAAAUAUUCUGCCUAAAACUGGCAGUGUUGUGCCGUUGUCAGGUAAAAACUCUGCACUGUAUUUUAAAUUAAAUCAGCCACCGCUAUUGGCUAAGAGGUAUGCUAUGAUGUAAACUGGUACAUUAUGAUGUCACAAUGAUGUUGUGAGCCUGUGUGUGUGUGUAUUUGUUAGCAGCUCCUCCUUCUCGGUCUGCCAGGCAACAGCAUUUGUUGCAUUUUUCAAACAUGAAGUGGGAGUGGAGUUAGACUCUGGUAGGGGUUGACUUGCUCUUUAAAUUUCUUUAAAAAAAAAAAAUUGCCCCAUAGAAUUUCGGACAAUUCACGAUUUCUGUUCAGCGAAACAUUAUUAGAAGUUUAAUCACUGCUGAAGCUCCAAAACAAACAUUUCCUUUAAAAAAGUUUUUACAGAAUUUAUUUCAUUCAACUAAAUAAAAACAUUUAACAAAAACUGUAAAAACACAGUCCACACACACACACACACACACUAUCUGCCCCCCUUUUAGAAAUAGGCAAACAAUAAAACAAAAACACCAAUAAAUAAAUAAAUUUUAACCCCUAGUAAAAAAAACAAGCCGACCUAAGUGUCAGAAACAUCAGUUGGUUCUCUUAAACGACCAGUUUAAGUGAACUCAAAGCUUUAAUAAAACACCUGUGGUGCACUGAGAGUUUACUGUCCCAACUGUAAAACAGGAAGUGGAAUAUUUUUGUCCCAUUUCUAUAUUUCCUUUAGUUCCACAUCCUCCUAACUAAAGUGUGUUACGCUACUGCUAAACACACAGCUGCAGUUAAAAAUGAACCAGGAGGACUGAAAGCAUGGAGGACAAACGUUGUUUACGACCUUUUAAACUUUAUUUUUACUCUUUUGGAUGGAAGUAAUGCUUUAUGACAUUUGUUCUCUCACAUUGUCGUUGUUCUGUUACUGUUUCAGUGAAGGGAUGAGCCUUAGCUUAUUUAUUGUUUGUAAUUAUUUAGUUACAUUAACUAAUGAACCGACGUGUAUGUGAGGGGUGACGCUGCCUUUGUAAACCAGCCUGGCUUUGUUUAGCAUCUUAAAGUUCUUUACACAAAGCCAGGGGCGCUAAUUUAGUAGCUAAGAUGAAGGCGGGCUGUAAAAUGGCCACAAUAAAGCAACCAGAAAGUUUGUACUUUAAUUGUUUACUGAAGAAAGGUUUAUAGCAUAGCAUAGCAUAGUUUAUUUAUAUAGCAUGUUUAAAAUGCAGCAUGGGAGCUGCCCAAAGUGCUGCACAGGCUAAAACAAAACACAACCAUUACAAGGAGCUAAAACAAAGGAUAAAAAUCUCAAUCAAAGGCAGAUAAAACAUGAUGAAUACUAAGAACACAUUAAAACAAUAAUACAAUAAAACUAAAACGAGUCACUGUCUAAAAGCCAAAGUGUAAAAGUGGGUCUUUAAACGAGAUUUAAAAACCGCCAGAGACGGAGCCUGCUGCCACAGGAUAUGACCACAGCUGCCAGGAUUUUUCAUCACUGCAAUGUCUUAUCGAACAAAACAUCAUGCAAACUUCUCUGCUUCUGUUUUUAGGAACUGUUUUUAAAAAACCAAUCAAACAAGAGUUGCGUAACGAGAAACUGACGACAGUCUUGUCUAUAGUUGGGCAAGCUUGUGGUGUUAGACGUGUGUCUAAGCCAUCAUUUGUUUUGUUUUAUUUUAUUAGGUGGCGGCUGUGUCCAAAUUCAGGGACAACGUCCUUGUAAGGACCUGUCCUAGCCGGUCAUGUAGGUCGGGUCCUUCCUCCACCGCUAACAGUCAGUGGCUUUUAAUUUGGACAGUGUAGCUUUGAUAUUCUUUUAUAGUCCCACCCAUACCGCAGCGUUUCUCCUCUUCUAGCAAACAGCAGAAGUUAAGACUUAACCUGAUUACAAAUACUGGACCUGUCGUAUAGGCUGGAGGAUUUAUUUUUAUUAUUUUAGACCAAAUAAUGUUAAAAAUAUAUCCAAACAAAAUAGCCUAAAACACAACCGCUUUAAAUUUUUUCUCCCUCCAGGUAUUAGACUUUCAUUUAUAACUGUAAUACUAUAAGAACAAAACUCUUCAUUUCAGAUGGCAGUAAACCCUGGUGUAGCCUUUGCCAGAAAGGAGACACCAGACCAGUAAACGAGGAAGUAUUAGAGCACCCAUUUUAAGUAUCCUCAGAAUUAGGACGGUCUUGUUGGUUUGCUGUGACGUGGUUGGCCUUAAAUUGCAAACGCAGAAGGAUACAGCCCCCGGAAUUAGAAACGUCAAAUAUCCUAAAUGGUUCAGCAUUUUAAUGAUGAAGAUGUUAGUCAAAUCCUGCUGGUGCUAACAGGAUGGUGGUAAAAAAGAAAAAAUAUGAAUGAAUGAAUAUCUUGUUUGUUUUAAAGGGACAGUGUGCAUUAAUAAACAUUUUCCAAUGUAAAUGUACUGAUUUAUAGCCAAAAGGCUAAUUUUCAUUGGUAGCCCCCGCUGCCUCAAGACGUUAGAUGAAAGAAUAUAAAAAAAAAAGCAACAAAAUAAGUAAAAUAUUACACAGAUGCAUUGUAACUUGCCUUGUUAGUCUAUGGUAUCUUCAGCAUUCCAGUUAGCAUUCCUCGGCUAAGCAUUUCAAGUUAACAUUCCCAAGUAGCUAAAAACACAACCUUUGUAAAUUUUUAAUGACAUAUCUAGUCUUUAACAAAGCAUUUUCUGUUAUAGUUGAUAGUUAAUUUAGAAACAUUUAAUUAGCUUUAUCAAGUUGCAAGCUAGUAGCUAGCACGUCUAAGCUAAUCAUGACUUGCUAGUGUUCAUAAAAACUUCCUUUCAUAUUUAGGGUCCACAACAAGCUUUACAGGCAAGGAUUUGCUUCUUCUUUUGAAUGUUGAAUGAAAAACAGUUGUAGAUUGCUAAAAGACAAUGAAAGAAAUCUGCAAACUUCCGUCAUUGGAGACUUUGAUGUUGUUUAAAACUUUAAAACACUUUAGCAUCAGGCACACAUAUAAGUUAUUACACUAAUGUUACGGUUUAGAAGUAGUGUAUCACUGUUUAUGCCCUUUGUUGUCUGGGUCUUCCUUCAUUGUUACUUUAUUUUCAUGUGUUGGACAAAACUCAGCGUUCUAAAUGGUUUCAGUGUUUAAAUGUAAACAGGGAUUACACAAAGGCAGCCUCACUCCUAGUGUGUGUCUCAAUAUUUAUUUUAUGAUUGUGCUUUAUUGAAUUAUGUGGAUUAUUGAACUUGUAUGAAGUGAUCAGUGAAAAAGUCCAUUAUUUUCUUAAAUCAUGCUUUUCAGGGUCACACAAACAUUUGUCAAGUAUUUGUAUUUAUUCAGCUUCAGUCUCAUAAAAAUGGAUAAAGUUUGGGAAGAAGUUAUGUGAAACACUUAGCUGUUGGAAGGUUUUUGAGUUUGUGUUACAACAAACAAAUCAACUAGUGUUUGUUUUUGAAUGAAAGCAGAUUUUGGUGUGAGUGCUCGUAUAUGAAGGAAAUAAAAGCUGCCUUAUUAAAGAUUUAAAGUGACUACAGAUGAAUGAAGUGCCCAGAGCUUCUCUCCACAGUAGUCCUGACCCAGGGUUGGUUCUGGUUUUCAUUAUGAAGGGAACGCCACGACAUCUCAGAGGUGUUGAUUAUCAUCUAUCUUCUGAGUGAAAGGGGUUGAGGUUUGAAAUGUUUUAAACUGAAACCAUAAACACAAGGUUUAGUUUGACCGUGGAUUUUACGUGAACUGGAACAAGUGUUAGUCCAGAUUUUCUCUGGAUAACCAGCAGAUAACGUUCCUUUAAUAGUUGAACUGCAUCUCAUGGUUUAGGACAUUUCAAACCAAGUCUUUAACUUUUAAACUAGGUGUGCAUGGGUUGUAGGUGUUACAGUGUGUGCAUGUGAGAUUAUCAGGGUGCUGGUUUCUCUGGUUGACUCAGUUGAAUACAUUGGAUCUGUUGUUUAGGGUGCGCUUGUUUUGGUUCAUCCUACUGCUGCAGGCUCCUCCUGACCACUAAUUCCUUAACUCCUAACUGAGGUGAUAACAGAGGUGAGCCAGGACAAGUGUGCUCCAUUAGCUGUGUUAAUAGACAGCAAGAAGGACUGUGUAAAAACAUUUUCUUUUUUUCUGAAGGCCUGAAGCUAACUGUUAGCCAUCAGCCACAUUUAAAAGUAGGGAGCCUAAGUCUCCUCGCUUUCUGAUUGGUUCGUGGGUCCCCGGAAGAACGAAAAUGCAAGUCAAUGACGCUAAAAGAGCAAUUUUAUAAUCCGCUUAGCCUUACGAUAUGAAUCGCACAUAUGUUGUACUACAGAUUAAAUGAAAACUAAUGAUGUGUGUUUCGACCACGCCAGUCGCAUACUUUGAGAUUUAUCAGCUUGUAAAAGUUCGUAAUUAGCAUGACUACAAAUCAAAUCAGACAUCACCACAUAAUCUCCUCUCCCCUGGCGUAGCUGCUACUCACCACAUGGUCAAAUAUAUGGUGGUUCUUUUCUCCAUGUGUGGUUCGGUGACGUCACUUUGGUGAAGCGCAUUUGUAGUCCUGGACUUAUUUUCACACAAAACCUAAAAUAACGUUUUCCCCUGUUGGAAAAUAAGCACUUUCUUGGUAUCAAAAUGCAUCUUUAAAAUUCACGGACAUCAUAUGUGGAAUCCAUGGCCCACAAACGAGCCUGAUUAGAAAAUAGCGUUUUAGCCCCAUUGACUUGCAUUCAUUUUUUUGUUCUUCUAGGGACCCAUGGUCCAGAAGUAGAUGAACGUGACUUAGGCUCUCUUUUGAUUACCUUUUCAUGUUUAGUCUCCUUGUGAAUCAUGGUCAUAAUUUAAUGGAAAAUGUUCAACAAAAAAACAUUUUUAAAAAGCAUUGUACCUGGGAAAAGCCAGGUCGUGUACUAUCGGUUUGUAAACCACUGCUGUGACAUUUUAGUUAAUAUUUUUGAUGUUUUGUUGUUGGCUGGUUGGCUCAGACAUUUACUUUCACAGCCUGCAGAUAAAACCCAACAGUUAGUUUGGUAUCAUGUGGUUUCACGAUGAACAUGUUUACAGAUUAAUGAUGUAUUUAUUUAUUACAUGACCUGUGUUCUUCUUGAUAUGCUGCUCUGACUCGUUAAAAGUAAACCGAUGUCUUUUAAACCA